UAAUCAUUCUAUUGACCUUGUCCAUUUGGUACAGUGUAUUGUAGAUAUGAUUCAUCAUUAAAUAUGUGUGUGUUUUGUUUGGUUAGUUGAAUAGACAGAUAAAAAUAAAGCAUAGAAAUUUUGGUCAAAAGUUCAUUCUGGCAUAUUAAAAUUAAAAAGCGUUCAUUAAGAAAAACUAUUUACACCAACCAAUACAACAACACUGGCUAACUACUGACUGCUGACUAUUUUGACAAAACAGCUUAUUAUUCUGGAAUCAUUCAUCAUAUUUCUAAGAAAUAUUCUAAGAAUUAUUAUAUGCAUUGGAAUGAAAGGAGGCAUCUAUUCUUGAAUAACUUUCAACAACCGUGGAUGUAUUAUUAUUGUUAUUAUUUACAGGUGAUCAUUUGAUCUAUCAAAACGAUUACAUUUUGUAUUUCAACCUAACUUAUGGUUUGUAUUCUUUAUCUGGAAUUUCAUUUACAAUUUCUUAAUUAAUUAAUUGAUAAUGUUACCAAAAAAGAAACGUUGGAUGGCUGAUGUUGUUCAUCCUUCUCCGUCAAAUCUAGUUUCAUUGCCAACACCACCACCACCACCAACAACAACAAUAACACUGCCAAAUGUAUCGAAUAAUGAUGGUGCAAAAAAGAUACACUGCUGUGAUACACCUAUACAAACAAUGAAUACAAAUACAAGUACACGAUCAUUACCGCUUCCUAUUUCAUCAUCAUCAUCGCCUCAACUACCACCAUCGGGUAAAAGUUUACAAGGCGGGAAUUUAAUGUCUUCUUCAGAUAUGUAUGGUAUAGCUGUUUUACAGCAACAACAACAACGGCAAACAAACCAUCCCCAACAACAGACCUUUAACAAUCGGCCAGGAUCUAAUACCACUGAACAUAGCCAGAGUGAUAAAUCUCAGACACUCACGUCUAGACAAUCUAAUCAUUCAAUGAAAUCUACACCAUCUGGACGUCGAAAUGAUGUCAAUGCCAAUUUAAUUACAACAAUAUCUCAAUAUCCUACGGAAUUAUUACAACAACAACAACCUGGAUUAUUGUUACAAGUAUUACCCCAAGAAUACUUAAUGAAUUAUGCCCAAAAUUUAGCUAAACUUAAUGCUAAUAAAAAUUCUUCUAGUGAAACAGUGCAUACAUCAGUAAAUGAAUGUUCUGUAAUACCAUCUAAGCUGAAUAAGAUAGAUAAUACAUCGCUGGCAAAUAUUACUGCUUAUUCCCAGGGUUUAUUACAUCAAUCAUCUGAUACUCAGGGACGUCAAACGCAUACAACGUUAACAACAACAUCAACAAAUAUGUCAAAUCCAUCACUCAGGAUAAAAUGUUCUGAAAAUUCUAAAAUUCAACGAACACCACCCCAACCAACACUCAGGUCUAGUCCUAUGCAUAAUUCACCAGUAUUUCAAUAUCCAGCACCAACAAAUUCCCAGAGGUUUUCUCCUCCACCACCGCCUCCUGGUCCUGCUCCUUCUCAACCUUCUCAAACAACAUCACAUCCACCUCCUCCUCGUCGUCUAAGUGGUGGUUCUGGUGAUCAAGUAAGGCAUAUGAAACCAAUGAUGACACAAAGUCAUCAUCAGCAUCAUCAUCAACUCCCUCCAGGUUUUGAUUUAUCCUCAAUCUCAGCGGUUGCUAGAGCAGCUAGUAUGUUAUCACCAUCACAGCUGGAAGCUGCAGCUGCCUUAUUAUCACAAUGGGAUAAUGCUAAUCAUUUGUCAUUGUUAGCUAAUAAUCCUUCAUAUAGGAAUUUAUGUAAUAUUGCUGAAUUAUCCGGAAAUAAUAAACAACAACUGGCUAACAGUUCUUCUUCUAGUGUUGUUAGCUAUGCUUCAUCGAUUCCCUCUGAAAUAAAUCCUGUGUCUAGUAGUUGUUAUAUGGACAAUAAUCCUAUUCAAGGUGUAAACAGAUCUGGUAUGACAACAGAGGCUAAAACUCGAAGAGUCAGUGAUAUUUCAUCAUCAUCAUCAUCAUUUGUCAAUCCUAAAACUGUCCCUUCAGUUUCCAUAGGAACAAUGUCUGAUUUAAGAUAUUCUAAUAUGAAAACUAGUCCUUCUUUACCUAGAUCGAUGGAGUCAACAAAUCGUUUGAAUUCACGUUCCUCAACUCCUGUCAAUGAAAUGCAUAAAUCUGAACAGCAUAUUUGUUGUCCACCAUGGAUAACAGCUAGUGGUACGGGUACUGGUACUGGAAGUGGGAGUGCGAGUGCUGGCCCCGGUGGCUCCGGUGCUAGUACCGAUCAAAGAACUUAUCCAACAGACUCUUCUCAUCCAAAUAAACUUCAACCGAAUCCACGUGAUCGUGAUCAUCAUCAUCAUCAUCAACAGACAGUUGAAUUAGCUGAUUCACGACUUGCUAUCUUACACGAUGCUAAACUCGCUUCACUAAGUGUUGAUUGGCCAUCGUGUACAAUGAGUCAAAAUAAUAAUAAUAAUAAUAACAAUAAUAUGCCAAUGAUGAGUAAGGCAAAUCGUAUUCGAUCAUCCUCCUCCUCAUCAAGUUCAUUUUCAUCGACAGCCGCCUGUCAAGCAGUCUCUUCAUUAUCCAGUACACCUGAAUCAUCCCCAUUUUCUGUUGUGAAUCAGCUGGCUACAAAAACAGUUGAAAGAAAAUAUAGCAGCAGUACGUCUAGUUCAUCUCCAUUAUCAUCUGGCUCAUCAUUUCUUCCAUCUGAAUCUAUGCAUAAAACUUCAAUAUCUGGCCAAUGUAGUCCUAAUGUUCCAAUGACUUUUAAUUUUAAAGGACUUAAUCCUCAUCUUCAAACAUCAUCAUCAUCGCCUGUGUCUGUGUCAUCCACCUCCUCGUUAUCAUCGUCGUUAUCAUCUUGCUGUCAGACAAUCAAACCUCCUCCAUCUCCAGUUAUUGGAGGACAUAAAAUUCCCAGUUCUACUAUUACACAGUCUCAAAUUGUUAUAACAUAUUCUGAAGAAAAUUCUCCAAUUACUACUACUACUACUACCACCACCACUAAUACUGCUUGCUCUCCUCAAUCUUUGAAUUCCUUUUUUCCUAUAAUGAAUACAAAUUCAACAACAACUUCUACAAAUAAUGUCAUUGAAAUAGCAGGAUCCAGUAGUAGUUGUAAAGUAGAAGUUGAUGAUCGAUCGAGCAUCAAUUGGUCAGGUAAACGGUCCACUCAUCAAUCAUCGGAGCUAAAUAAUAAUAAUAAAAGACAGUCGACUACAGCUUACAGCUCUUCAGGUGGAUUAUUACCAUCAACGCCACCGAUACAGAUUAUGAAACAAGAUUCUAUAAUAAAGAAUAAAAUCAAUGAUAAUAAUUCGUUAGAUCAAAAAACUCAAAAUAAUAAUAAUAAUAAUACUUCAAUGCCAUUGAAAAAGCGUCUGAUUCAACGAUAUGAAGCUGAUCGUGAUAUUGAUAUGAAACAACCAUCCGAGGUGAAGAAUAUGUGUAGUUCAUCUACUAAGAUCGAGUUAACAAUGGAGAGUGCUAAAGUUCAGAGUAGACCAAUAUCGUAUUCAGAGGAUAUGAAAGCAAAUCAUUAUUUAUCUGAAAAUCGGUUAACAACAAAAGAAAUGUAG